AUGGUUAAAACAAAACCCAUUGGAAGAGCAGUAUUUUCUUUAUUUCUUAUCCCACUGAUUGCAAAGUACCAAGCAGCGGUUGUGGACGUAAAAACUAAAGGUGCCAAGGGCGAUGGCAAAACCGAUGAUGGCCCGGCUAUUAUGAGCGCUUGGAAAGAAGCAUGUGGAGGAUUAUUAGGUGGAGGAUUAUUACCAGAAACGGUUUUAAUUCCACCAGGGACUUAUUUCGUAGCUCCUAUUCAACUGAAAGGUCCAUGCAAGGGCCCGAUUGAGAUCAAGGCCACCGGAGCAACUAUCAAAGCCCCACCGGAGGUUGCAAAGUUCAAAACUGAUGGUUGGAUCGAGAUAGAGGGUGUCGAUAAGUUGACUAUGACUGGUGGUAAUUACGACGGCCAAGGCCAGGCAACUUGGAAAAGUAACAACUGCGCCUCUACUGGAGUAUGCAAAUUACCAGCUAAUAUCAGAUUGACUAACUGCAAGAAUGCAGUGGUGAAAGACUUAACAUCCACCAAUAGCAAAUUCUUCCACAUGAAUAUAUUGGGUUGUGACAAUAGUAACCUUGACCAUGUUACCAUUAAUGCACCUGGAACAAGUCUCAACACGGAUGGAAUUCACAUCGGGAGAUUAAAUGGGCUCAACAUCACAAACACAAACAUAAAAACAGGAGAUGAUUGCAUUUCGUUUGGAGAUGGAAGCAAGAACGUCCAUAUCGAGAAAGUGACAUGCGGACCAGGACAUGGCAUCAGUAUCGGAAGCCUCGGUAGAUACCCAGGCGAACUACCUGUACAAGGAAUCUGGAUCAAAAACUGCACCAUCACCGGCACUGACAAUGGAGUCAGGAUCAAGUCCUGGCCAGCUGGCACACCAGGUAGCGCCACUGACAUGCAUUUUGAAGAUAUAAUCAUGCAAAAAGUGGGAAAUCCAAUACUGGUCGAUCAAGAAUAUUGUCCUUCUGGGAAAUGCCAGAAAGGACCCUCAAAAACCAAGUUGUCAAAUGUGAGCUUUAGGAAGAUCAAGGGAUCAUCAACAACUAAGGUAGCAGUGAAGCUUGUUUGCAGCCCAGGAACAUGCGACACUUUUGAGAUUGCUGACAUCAAUUUGCAAGGACCUGGAGGACCUGCCACCUCUGAGUGUAAAAACAUCAAGCCUAAAGUUGUUGGUCAAGUGGUACCCCCGGCUUGUCCUUGA